AUGUCGGCCGAAAACAGUCUUGACGGUCUUCGAAAGGCAUAUGCAAGUACCGAAACGCAGCAACCAUCACUAAACACAAUAUUCAGGGGAGCUCUCAAAGACUUCGCGGUGGCUCAGUCGCUUCAGUUUUCUGAGGACAGCGCAGGAAAUAACUACAUCACUCGACGGGGGAAGGAUCCCAGCAUCGCGCCAAUAGCUAUUACCUUCCCCCUAGACGGCAGCUUGUCUGAGACAUCCUUCACAAGCGCCUUCCGCGUCUUUUCGCUCCUCGCUAAAGUUGAGCUUCCAUGCGAUCUGUUGCUAGUUGGCUGGACCUCUCUGGGUGAGCGAAUAGUUGGCCGGGAUAUUUGGGAUUCUUCAGUCACCGCUUCAUCGCAAGUCAUACCCUCGGAAUUGGCGUCAUUCCAACAGGGAGAUGAUCCGAAGGACGUGUCAGUCUCGGCAGUCGUCGAAGUAUCAGAACAAAUGGGGGCUCCCCUGAGAAUAGAAGGAAGCCCGGUUCUCGUCAAAAAGGCGCGUAGGCUUAUGACUGCUCUAGCGGAUGUCCGUGAACUCGGGAAGGGACUGGCUAGAGCGCCGUGUAUCUCAAUUACGGGGCCCGAGGCGGAAUCAAUUGCUUGCUCUAUUAUUAGAGAAUACAGCGCCUAUAUUGUAGCUUUAUUUGAUAAUUUUGAUUAG